AUGAGUGGUUCAGAGGGCGAAUCGCGCGGUGCCUCGGAGGACAACAAUCAGGGACGAACGGGGCUGAGUGGCACAACGGAAGCAAGAGGCCCAAUCGAUGCUGGAACCGACUUCCCUGUAUUUUCGCCAUGGCCAGCUCCACUGCAGCCGUCUGCCCAAGCCGAGGGAGAGGUGGAUUUCUUCAGCGCAAUACCUGAUCACGUCAAGGACGCUGGUGAAGGCGCCACAGCCUACGAGCUCCAACAUCUGUCACCGGCAAUGAUCAGUAACCUUUGCGAAGUAUGGUUCAAGGAGUAUCAGCCUUGGUGUCCCAUCCUUGAUCGGCAUCAGGUGGUCGCCAGUCUACAGAACGCAUCCUCUCAACCUGGCACAGGCAUGGACAUCAAUUUGAAGGCUCUCCUUUGCCUUACCGUCAGUCACUCCAGCCCGGCCAUCAGUUUGGGCUACGAUGGACGACGUCGCUUGAGCCGCCAUCUUCGAUCGGAGGUUAUCCUGGAAGCGAUGCGAUCGUCUCGGAGUCAGUCGCUCCAAGCAUUGCUGAUCAUUGUCAUCUACCACUAUGGCUAUGGCAAUCUGUCCGAGGCUUGGAAUCUGCUUUCCGUAUGCAAGAGAAUGUGUGUCAGUCUGGGUCUUCGAAAGCAUCUCCUCUCUCGGAGUUUCGACUGGCAAGAUGAAGGUUCUCGUAUGUCCUGGCUGACGGCAGCAAUGGAAUCAACCUCGACUCUAGGAGCAAGCUGGGACGUCGAGCUUGCAAGCGUUGGUCAGCCCAUCGAUAAACUCCCAAGUAUGGUAGAUGCCGACACCAUCCCAACAAGUCUAAUCGAAAACCUGAACCUGACAGUCGUAAGCCUCCAUCCACUUCACGAUUUCCAUCGAAACAACCACUCAACACCUCGUCAAGAGUCGACAUCCGAGCAACUGAAUAUCUGCGAACGCCUCUACCAGAACAUAGCACUAUAUCGCCAACAUUCGCACUCGGACGGAAGCAUCUCCAGCUAUGCCUUCGCCGCAGAUGGCUCCAUCUCUUUCGACCCCAACAAGGUCCUUACAAACAUCAUCUCAAAUACCGCCAUCAUAGCUCUCUACCAACCAUAUACUAUCCCCAUGAUCAACAACAGCACCGCCUCCACGCCUCAACCCGGACGACCUCAAACCCAGUCCCUCUCGCUCCAACAAACAGCAGCCCACCGCUGCCUCGACGCCGCUUACGAAAUGUCCAAGAUCAUCUCCACAAUCGCCGACGCAGACAUUGAAUUCAUCUGCCCGUUCCUCGGCUCAUUCAUCUUCACCGCUGCCAGAUUCUCACUAGUCUUCUCGAAAAUGAGCCCCAGUCCGACCCCUGUCAUGGCUUCUCCACUCACGACGAGCAGCCACCAUCACGCACAGACGAAUAAUAACCACCACCACCGACCCUCAUCGACCUACGUCUCCGGCAAACGAAGUCCAGGCUUCGACCUCCUCAUGCACGCUCUCAACAUGUGCGGUCGCCGCUGGCCACUGGCUCGAGCCGCGCUGGUGGAAGAUUCCAGCAACACCAGAUCUGGUGCGACAGCUCCUUCUGCCUUGGGAAUGGAUCAAGUUUCGCCCAUACCUCCGCUGCCGAGGGAGUUCUAUGAUCUGAGGUUGUCGGGGCUGGAUGUGGAUGAUGUGUUGCGGGAGUGGGUGGAGAAGAUGAAGAGUACGGUUUACGUGGGCAGUUUGAAUGGCCCUUACGCUUGA